GUCCUACUAGUAUCUCCUUUGGAGUCUUUUGAUUGACCUCCCAAAAUACCACAUAGAGUUGUGCUCCGAGCGAGGUGAGAAAUCAUGAUAUAGAGUUGUUCUGGGUACUUCUAGGCUGAACGACGGCGCGUGCGUUUGAUAACCCGAAACCCUGUACCAGUAAAGGGCAGUGGGUUUCCUGAACGACUACAAUGGAACACUUUGCACCCCAUCCAAAUGUGACAUUCGAAGGCUACUACUCGAAAUUCAUUCUCCCAUCAGGCAGUUCGCUAUGUCUAAUCGUCUGCUCCGUCCACAACGCCGAGUCUAGACCGCACAUGGUGUCAUUCACCUAUGUGCCCGUCAACAAGGACCACAAAAUCUACCAGAGAGAACUAUUUCCACCUAAGGGAAGCCUGACAUUCGAAGCCGGCAAAGACCGUCAAAGCUUCGUCCUGGAUGUGAAGGGGAUUGGCAGCGUAAAAGUCUCGCCGGACUCAACGACGACAUACGACUUCUCCUGCCCGGAGUUCACGUUCAAAGGCAUAACAACCCCGAACAGUCGUGUGCCUUGGUCGUCUAGCACACAAACGCCCGAGUCAUGGCUCGUGUAUCUGCCGCUGCCGCUGCACUGGCAUGUCCAUUCUUUCGCGUCGAAGUGUGAGUUUGAGAUGAAGCUUGCGCAGAACAGCCACAGCAACUUGGAUGAGAGGGACGAGAAGGGUGUGGCGACUGUGCAUCAGGAGAAGAAUUGGGCGAGUAGCUUUCCUUCGGCGCAUAUUUGGAUCCAGGCUUAUCCUCCUGCUCCGGACUCGGAUGAGGAGCCGUGGCAUGGGUUCAAUUGUGCGGGCGGCCAGAUCCUUGGGAUGGAGGCGUAUCUUCUUGGAUACCGUAAUAAGAAGGCUGGUAUUGAAAUUGAUUUUCGGCCGCCGUUUGCCGUCAAGAUCCUUGGGAUGUCGCCCUUUUUGUCGGUGAAAGCGGACUGGGCGUCGAGGUCGUUCACAAUGAGUGUCCAGGAUUUACGACAGAAGCUUGAUGUCCACGCUUAUGUCGAGCGGGAUGAUUGGGAUACUUUCUUCGGGUUGAGUGCGCCUUUCCCAGAUGGACAUAGAAAGAACUUUUUGGGAGAGAGUUUGCAGGCCAAGCUCGAUGUAAGCGUGUAUACACGGGGCUGGAUUGGUGGUAUGUGGGAGAAGGUACUUGAUGAUCAUUUCGAUGGUGCUGCAUUGGAGUUCGGCGCGGGAUAUUAUCCGCCAAAAGGUGAGGGCGCGGACGACUGACAUGGCCUUGCUGCACCGUUUCCUCGGGUACCGACUCGGCAUGCGCUGUGGUCUGAAAAGUUCUGGAUCGAGACGACUGACAAAGCAGCAGGCCUGGUUGGUAUUAGUAUUCGGGCUUCACGGAAUCCUGCGGUUUGGUCAGCUAAGAUGAGGCAGCCUCCCAUAAUAGCUUCUGCUCGAGAACAGAUGGGAUUUCGAAGACUGCAAAAGCAGCUGCAUGGCAGGUGUAGCAAUGCCGCGGCAAACGGAGACGCUCGAGAAACAAACAAUGGAGAAGGCCAAAAUAGAGAACCG